GUAACCCAACUUCAACCCACAAGAUCGUGGCACAGCUCAAUACCAUCCGGGUAGUAAUUCCAAGUGAUAAUGAAUACUAUUAAAUCUAUUAAAAAUGCAAUAGUCUGUCUCGUCUUGCUGCCCCGUUUUCUGAUGGCAGCAGUCAUGUUUUGGCUGCUUGACUUUUUAUGCAUAAGGAAAAGGGUUUUCUUAAGGAUGAAAGAGCAGGAGGGCGAUGCCAUCGAUCCUCCAGUGUGCAUAUCGGACUCGAACCGUCUCUUCAGCAUGGAGUCACUCAAAGCAGUGUGGCACGGCCAUAAACUGGACUUCCUGAAGGCAGCACAUCUCGGGCACGGAGCGCCUAACAGCGAAGUUGUUCAGCUGGGGGAUCAGCAGCGCAGCCGCAUCCUCGAUUACGCAAAAGACAAGAGACCGCUCAUCCUCAACUUUGGGAGCUGCACCUGACCGCCGUUCAUGGCGCGUCUCAAGGCUUUCCAGGGAGUCGUGCAGCAGAACGCAGACAUAGCAGACUCUGUAGUUGUGUACAUCGAAGAAGCGCACCCCUCGGACGGCUGGGUGAGCACUGACGCGCCCUAUCAGAUCCCCAAACACCGGUGUCUGGAGGACCGGCUGAACGCGGCACAGCUGAUGCACCUGGAGGUGCCCGGCUGCCCGGUGGUGGUCGACAGUAUGGAAAACUCCUCCAACGCUGCGUACGGAGCUUAUUUCGACAGACUUUAUAUUCUGCAGGAGGGAAAGAUAGUUUACCAAGGUGGCAGAGGACCUGAGGGCUAUCGAAUCACAGAGCUCAGAGACUGGCUGGAUCAAUACAGAGAAACGCUGGGAAAAUCCAAUAAUCUAGUUAUUAAUGUGUAGAUUAAUUCUCAUCUUUGUAGAGCUGUGACGAAAACAAAAAAUGCUGCAUUUAUUCAGUAUUAUAACUCUUAUUAGAUACAUUUUUCUCCGCCAAUAAUGGUGUAAAUGUAUUUAUUUUUGAUAUGGUUGGAUCGAAGUUAUGUGUUCAACAUAGCAGACAGUAGGUGAUUUCAUAUCAUAUUGGACAUCUAGACAUCCUGUUGGGAACAACCUACAAAAAAGGUUAGUUUUUUCUUAACUAAGUCCGUGAACAAAAGUAUGUUGUGUGUCAAAAGUUUGUAUUUCUUUUCCUCGUCUAAAUGCGCAUUUGAUGAACCAGCAGGAUGAGAUGUGCGCAUCACUGUGCUCCUCAGUAUUUAGUGAAGGUCGGUUUUUAAACGGUCUAAAACCAGAGAACCGAUACUGAUGUUUUUCAUACUGGAGAUCAUCGUGAAGGUGCAGCUCUCUGCCCUGCAUGGCGCGACUACUUUGUACAUAGUGUUCCGUUUUAUGGAUAUAUUUUUCAUACAUUAAAAUUAUUUGAUCUACUUAUUUCAAACUGAAUACUUUAAUUUUGUAAGUUGAAUCAUUUUUGUUUGCAUGCAACAUGAACGAGUUGUGUCUUUUCCCUUUAUUCUCUUUUUGCAAUAAUGUCAUGCUGUGCAUAGAUUUUACUGUAAUUUGUUUUUUAUAUUAAGUAAACAAAAGAAUGAAUGUUCAAUUUCCUGCACAAUAAAACACAAUGGCCUCUCAUGAA